CUUUCCUGCCACGCCCCUACCUUGUUCCGUACAUCUAAGGCUGCGCGAGCGAAGUUCAUUUCUAGACAUCUACGCUUUCAUAUCUACUAUCCUGGAUACCCUGCAGUAAUACACUCGCGCAUGUCCCGCAAAACACCUACGCCCAUUCGAAUAGCACCUUCGUCGGCGCCGCUCGAAGCCAUGGUAGCUAAGCAGCAGUCCAACAUUGACGAGCUGGUUACCAGGAACCGAUCGUUAGAGCAAUCUAUUAACAAGCUCAAGGCAGAGCUAUCUGCUGAGAAGGCCAAAUCGGACGCGACCGCCCAGCAGCUACACCAACAGCACAAGGCCGAACAAGGGGAGUGGAGAGAGGGCUGCGACUCUCUGCAGAGUUUAUGGAGGAUUGCACAUCUCAAGGCAGUAGUUGACCUAGAGAAGGAGAGGACAGUGGCGUUCAAGCUGAAGGAGGACUUACGAUCAGAGAGGCUGGCGAGACUUCAAAGGGACUUUCAGAUUGGACAGUUCCAGGCGAGGGAGGCCGAGUUGGAGGAUCGUGUGCAAGAGCUGACAUUGGAUAAUGGGGAGAGGAAUGGACAAACGCAAGAAGAGCUCGCAGCUCUCGAAACAACUGUUCAAGAACAACAGAGGGAAGCAGAUGAGCGGAAGGAGGAGCUGGAGGAGGCUAUCCAAUCAAAGAAGCAAUUGGAGAAAGCACUCGCCGGCUUGCGCAAAGAACAUACUUCCUUGCUAGCAUCGUCGAGCAGCAGCAGCGCUGAUCUCGAGCGUACCAACCUCCAAGUAGAGGGUCUCAAAUCGAGCCUCGCGGAACUGCAGGGGAGAUACAACGAUAUACAGGUUCAAAAUGCGGAUUUGCUACGACAGCUUGAGAAAUGGCGAAACAUCGAGAAUCGAGAAGGUGGCGAGCUCGAGACGAUUAGGAAGCGCAAGAUUGAGCUAGAGAUCCAAGUCAAGGAGCAAGAAGAACGUCUUGCUGAAGCUGAAGAAGCGCAGACGCUACUCAAGACCAAGUAUCAGACGAGAAUACAGCAAUACAAGGUAUCUCUCAACGACCAUGCGUCGGCUCUCGACGACGCCAACAAUGAACUUGAUGAGCGUGAGCGCGAGAUCGAAGAGUUUAAGCUCCAGCUUGCGGAGGCUGAAGAAACAAUCGCGGGGCUGGGGUUCAAGGCGAGCCGUUCGACAGUCGCUGCGUCUCCAAAACAGAAGCGAAAACCUCAGGUGGACGAUUUGGACGAUGAGAUCCAGGAAAUUAACGGCCAUGCUCCUCGCCCACCAUCACUACCAUAUUCCCCAAUCGCCAAGUCGACCAACAAACCCAGGCCCCGCCCGGUCAAGAAGGCUCCCCAGGCUAUCGAUAGAGGUGGCUCUGACUCUGAUAUCGAGCUGGUCGGUGAGCCUUCUCGGCCGCAGAAGGCGCCCGAUCCUUUCAAUUUUGACUUUGGCGACCUUGGCGGCGAUGAUGAGAUCGAGGAGACUGUUCCAUCAAAGAAGGACAAGGGCAAGGGCAAGGCCAUCGUGAACUCUGCGCCUCCAAAGAAACCUCGCGGGCGGCCAAAGAAACAGAAGUCCCAGUCGCCUGAACCCGAGGAUAUACCCGUCGAGGCUCCGAACUCUCCAGGCAGAGGAAAGGGCAAACGGAAAGCGAACAGCGUGAAUGACGGCGCCGUGGAUGACGCACUACCGAAAAAGAGAGGCAAGAAGGUUGUUGCGGACAGCGACUCAGGCGACGUGCCGCUCUCGAAGCCCGCCUCGAAGAAGAACGUUGUGAAACCUCCACCUAAGACGAAGGGCAAGGCUCGGGAGGCCAGCCUUACUCGAGACGCGAAUAGCGACUCUGGAGAGGUGGCUGUGGUGCAGAAAAAGAAGAAGCGGAAGAUCAACGUCUUCUCUAAGUCGGAUGCUCCAGCAGCAUUCGACUUCAGGUCGUUCUCUAAUGGCACCGACGGCGGGCUCAACAUUCCGCUAGAGCUUUCUCCUGUCAAGCCCGGUGAACAGGCCCCAUCGUUACUUGGCAAGGCUUUAUCAGGCCUUGGCGGCUCAGGUAGUCGUCGAUAAUGCUGGAUCUAGGUUCUAACAUAGCCGCACGGUCAUAUUUUAGCAAUGCGUCAUCCUACGCUCCCUUUUGGCAUUUCGUGGGUUGUCGUACAUUGUGGCUAUGACCCAGCGUACGCCUCUCAUCUCAGCAGAUCUUACGACUCCUAUACCUUUACCGAGCUGAACAGCUUGUAACGUCGACUAUGCGGCUUCUAAGCGCUAUGCGUCGUGUGUCAACCUGAGCCUCUACAUUAACAUAUAACCCAUAAUUAUACGAUGGCUAAGUACAGAUCGUAAGAGGCUGAAGACUGCGAGGCAUGAAAUAUUGAUUGAAAACAACCGACGCCUAGCGCCCCGAGAUCACCGUUUCUUGCCCUUAUUCUUCCCUUUGCCCUUGGGCUUACCGGCUCCACCGCUUGUGGCCGACGCAGUUCGUGACAUAUUCUCUGCGCCCACCUUGCUCUUCCGCUUGCCCUGCGCAGCCUCUUCGGGCUCCGUCUUGUCCGCAGUCUCAUCCUCGGCCUCAGGGUCGCCCGCCUCAUCUUCGUUAUUUUCUGCUGGCUUUUGAGGCUCUUCAGCAGAUACUGCGGCAUCCGUGUUUGCUGGCUCGACGGGGGCUUCUGGUAUUGCCCCUUCGGCGGGGACCUCUGGUAUUGCCUCUUCAGCGGGGGCGGUUGCGCCCUCCGCUGAGGCAUCGGCGGGCUCUUCGCCGGCUGGAGCGGCCGCGAUUUCCGUAUCUGCUUCGGGUGUAGGCGCAGGGGUCUCUUCUGAAGCUUCUGGAAUCGGGUCCUCAGUGGAUGGCGUAGGUUCGGCUGGGGUUGGGUUUGUAGAGGCUGGGUCCGCGGGGGCGGCAGCAUCCUCCGUUUGUUCAGCAGCAGCAGCCUCCUGUUCGGCGGCAGCUGUGUUUGCGGCCUCCUCCGCAGCGGCAGCUUCCUCGGCCUGUUCCGCGGCCAGCGCAGCAGCCUCAGCCUCCUUCGGCCACUCGACCUCAAAACCGCCGGGUAUCUCAGGUGCAGGCGAGCUGACGGCGGCAGGCGCGUCCUCGCCCCCUCCGAAGUUGAGUCCAAUACUGUUCGGGAGCAGGUCAGAUCCCCAGGCGCCAUUGAUAUUGGCGGCGGCCUCCUUGGCCGUCUUCGCCAUGUUCAUUGCCGACGCUCCCCAUUCGCUAGCCUGCGCACCCCAUCCACCGACACCCCAGCCAGAACCGGCACCAGCAGCACCGAAUCCAGAGUUACGCUUCGAACUGGACGUUGCCGAGGCGGGCUUGCUCCAGUUCUUACCCUGGGUCAGAAAGUCACUGAAGCCAGGGGCCUUGCUUUCUCCUUCCCAGAGAUCGCCUAGACCGUGCUCACUCGCCGACUUGACCGUGCCGCUGUCUAAGCCCCAGCUCUCCGCGGGAACAGGAGCAUUUGUGUCGAUGGGUGCGACAAGUGGCUCUUCAGGCAUGGGAGGAACCACCGAGUCAUCGUUUGGGUCCUUCGCGGACUCGGGUGCAGCUUCAGCGGCAGGUUCUGGCUCUAGAAGGUCCGCAACCUCGGGUUUAGGAGAUGGGGCCUUCGAUGGAGCCACAGAAGGAGCCAGAGACGGUGCCUUUGAUGGAGCCUUCGAGACAGCAGUCGGGGUUGGAGCCUUCGAAGCCCUAGGUGUGGGCGCCUUGGAUGGCGCUUUUGAGGCGGCAGGAGUAGGAACUUUGGACGUGGGGGGUAGAGGAGCUUCGGAUUGCUUUGGCGUGGCAGCGGGAGAUGGUGCCUUCGAUACACCAGCAGGUGGUUCGACGGAAGCUCUGGGUGUCGUAGCGCCAGGCGUCUCGGCAGGAGUGACGAUUCUAGGUGUAGCAAUAGGGCUCGGUGCCUUGGAUGGUGCCUUGGACGGAGCGACGGAGGGAGCCUUGGAUGGAGCAACGGAGGGGGCUUUGGACGGAGCAACGGAAGGCGCAACGGAAGGCGCUUUCGAUGGCGCAGCUGAAGGUGCUUUCGAUGGCGCGACUGAAGGUGCUUUCGAUGGUGCGACCGAAGGUGCCUUCGAUGGCGCGGCCGUGGGAGCUUUCGAAGGAGCAGCAGUGGGUGCCUUCGAGGGCGCGGCAGUUGGUGCCUUGGAUGGGGCAGCAGUAGACACCUUGGAUGGAGCAGCUGUUGGUGCUUUCGAUGGGGCAGCUGUCGGUGCUUUCGAAGGCACAGCAGUGGGCACCUUCGACGCAGCCCUAGACAUCGCAGCUUGGAUCUGAGCGGAUGCUUCGGGAUCAAACAGUCCCUCAGGGUCAAUCGACCGAGGCGUGGGCGUAGCGAUACCGGAGGCAAGUGGCGGGCUCGCGACUUUGGAUGCAGCACCUGGCGUCACUGCCUUCGAGCCAGCUGGCAAAGAGACGUAGUCCAACUCAUGCCCGUCGUGUCCGCCUGAGACACUCUCGAAGUACGAAGCUGCCUCGCCUCUCGGAGACGCAAGAGGGGUUUCUCGCACAGAUGGCGCCGUACUCGGAGGGCCCCAGAUGGAUGUGAGCGUCUCGCCUAGCCUGGCAGUCGCAGCGCUCAUCCGACUCUCCGUAGACAUGUUGAUGGAACGAUCUCGCUCUGUCAUGCGCUCAGGCCUCGGGGUUGCCGCUACCGAAGAGGCUGAAGACCUAUCGCGACUCCUGACCUUGUCGAUGAGUGUCGAGCUGCGGCGGCUCUCGCGAACGCUCUCUAGCUCAACUCCGCGAGAGUGACUCGAAUGAUGCCUAUCGAGCUCAGGGGAGCGAGACGACGACGAAUGUGAAGAUGUCCGAUGACUCGAUGGACGCGACGCAACGGGUGGGAGAUCGACGUUGACCGUCUUUGUCGAUUGGGGGACGCUGGCCGCACGUGAGGCACUUCUAGAGUGCGUCCGAGACGACGAGCUCGACGGCUGACCUGAAGUGCGAGAUGAUGCAGUGUAUGAUAUGGUGCCGUCGUCGUCUGGGAGGUCAUCCUCUUCCUCCGUCCUCGUUCCACUUUCGUUGUACACGAUAGAUGCCGGUCCGCUAUCACCCAAAUGUCA